UGCUAUUUAGUCCGCCUUGCUUCACACCUAUCUUUGUCCCUAAAAUGUGGCUCCACGGGGCGGGGACUUGGGGUCCCCGCCGCACCCCCUGAAAGGGCGCUGGCGCAGUGCGGCGCCGCAGCUUUGGUCGGUGAGCAGGGAACCGGGCGGAGUGUACUCUGCGGAGCCGACCGUGCGGCCGCGGACGGCGGCGGGCGUUUCUCCCCAGAAGAGGACAGGCCAGACGCGCCGGCCCGCCCGGACGUCUCCGACCCGACCAGCGCCUCCGCGCUCGGGCUCGGACGCCAGAGGGCGGGCGCGGCGGCCGCUUUAAGGGCGCUCGGGAUGCGGUGACGUCGCGGCCCCGCCCGCCGCCCAGCGAUGCUGCAGCAGCCGAGGUGAUGCCGCCAGCCCGCACCCGCAGGGACGCGCAGCAGCCCCCCCUGCCAUGAACCCCCCGGCCACCCCUCCGGGAGAGGCACUCUUGCCCAGCGUGGCUCCUCAGGACUUCUGGAGGUCACAGGUCUCGGCUUACUCGGGCUCAGUGACCCGUCACAUCAGCCACCGGGCCAACAACUUCAAACGCCACCCCAAGAGGAGGAAGUGCAUCCGGCCCUCCCCACCCCCACCCCCCAACACCCCCUGUCCCAUUGAGCGGGUGGACUUUGGGGACCUGCACCCCCAGAGGUCCUUCCGGGAGCUGCUCUUCAACGGCUGUGUCCUGUUCGGCAUCGAGUUCAGCUAUGCCAUGGAGACAGCAUAUGUGACACCUGUGCUGCUGCAGAUGGGCCUGCCCGACCAGCUCUACAGCCUGGUGUGGUUCAUCAGCCCCAUCCUCGGGUUCCUGCUGCAGCCUCUGUUGGGUGCUUGGAGUGACCGGUGUACCUCAAGGUUUGGAAGGAGACGCCCUUUCAUUCUUGUCCUGGCGAUAGGGGCGCUGCUGGGCCUCUCGCUCCUGCUGAAUGGCAGGGACAUCGGCGCAGCCCUGGCUGACACCGCCACCAGCCACAAGUGGGGCAUCUUGCUGACCGUGUGCGGCGUGGUGCUGAUGGACGUCAGCGCCGACUCUGCUGACAACCCCAGCCACGCCUACAUGAUGGACGUGUGCGGCCCGGCGGACCAGGACCGCGGCCUGAACAUCCACGCCCUCCUGGCGGGUCUGGGAGGAGGGUUCGGUUACGUGGUCGGCGGGAUCCACUGGGACAGAACCGGCUUUGGGAGAGUGCUGGGGGGCCAGCUCCGCGUCAUCUACAUCUUCACCGCGGUCACCCUGAGCGUCACCACCGUGCUGACGCUGAUCAGCAUCCCCGAGCGGCCCCUGCGGCCCCCUGGAGAGAAGAGGCCGGCCCUGAAGAGCCCCAGCCUCGCUCUGCCCCCGUCCCCGCCUGCCCUGCAGGAGGAGGCCGCGGGCGACACUCUCCCCGCCCAGGCAGCCCCCAGCCUGUAUGCCAGCUUCUCCACGCCCAUCUCCCCACCCAGCCCGCUCACGCCCAAGUAUGGCAGCUUCGUCAGCCGGGACAGCUCCCUGACAGGCAUCAGCGAGUUCGCGUCCUCCUUCGGCACCUCCAACAUAGACAGCGUCCUCAUCGACUGCUUCACGGGGGACCCCGACAACUACCUGGCCCUCCCCGGCAGCAUCCCCCGACCGCCCAUCAGUGUCAGCUUCCCCCGGGCCCCUGAAGGCUUCUAUCACCAGGACCGGGGCCUGCUGGACAGGAGGGACAGCAGCCUGGCCUCCAGCGAUGGGGACGUGCUGAGGGUGGGCUCCCUGGACGCCCCCAAGCCACAGGCCUCUGGCAUCCUGAAGAGACCCCAGACCUUGGCUCUCCCUGAUGCAGCCGGGGGAGGCGGCCCUGAAACUAGCAGGAGAAGGAACGUGACCUUCAGCCAACAGGUGGCAAACAUCCUGCUCAACGGUGUGAAGUUUGAGAGCGAGCUGACGGGCUCCAGGGAGCAGUGGGAGCAGCCACUGUCCCCGGGCCGCCUGUGCGCCACCAUCUGCCACAUGCCCAAGGCACUGCGUAACCUGUGUGUCAACCACUUCCUGGGCUGGCUGUCCUUCGAGGGGAUGCUGCUCUUCUACACUGACUUCAUGGGCGAGGUGGUGUUCCAGGGCGACCCCAAGGCCCCGCACUCGUCUGAGGAGUACCAGAGGUACAGCAGUGGCGUGACCAUGGGCUGCUGGGGCAUGUGCAUCUACGCCUUCAGCGCCGCGCUCUACUCAGGGCUGAGCCAGCGCCCCAGGUCCCAGGGGUGGCGCAGGAGCCCGGCCACUCACUGCCCACCUGCCUGCCCGCCCGCAGCCCUGCUGGAGAAGCUGGAGGGCUGCCUGAGCACCCGCACCCUCUACUUCAUCGCCUACCUCGCCUUCGGCCUGGGCACCGGGCUGGCCACGCUGUCCAGGAACCUCUACGUGAUCCUGUCGCUCUGCACCACCUACGGGGUCCUGUUCUCCACGCUGUGCACGCUGCCCUACUCGCUGCUCUGCGACUACUACCAGAGCAAGGCGCAUGGACUCUCCACUCCAGCUGCGUGAGCUAUAACACUCCGAAGUCCAGCGCCACUCACCCGGAGGCAGUGGGUUUUAGGUGCCCAGAGUUGAGAGCCACACCACAGUCAGUUCGAAGGCCUGUGUCACCCCAGGAAGAAACCUUCACCAUCGGCCCUCUUAGCCGCCCCAUGGGCAGCCUCCCAGUCACAUUUCACAUAGAUGCCACCUAGCAGUGGUUCUCAGCUCAUCCAGGUGGAGCCUGUGUACACACCGAGUCCCUUUUGAUGGCCAAGUAGCAUUCUCACCAUGAAUUUUUUGGUUUGUUUUUUUUUUUUUGUGGUACCAGGGAUCAAACUCAGGACCUUGUGCUUGCAAGGCAGGUGUGG